AUUGCUAAAAGAAUAGUUAAAUAACUUAGAUUUUCACAAUUCCUAAUGAUCACAAUAUUAUUAGAAUUUUUUGAAAUUUUGUGAAAUUAUGCAAAUAUUGUAUAAGUAAUUCACUAUAUUAUUUAUAUAAAAAAAUAUAAAAAAGUCUUAUUAUUAUAAAACUAUGACAUUUGAGGACAUUGUUAAAUUUUUUAAAUUUCGGUAUUCUUCUUUCGGUAUUCUCCAUUUUCGAAGGGUUGUGUAUUGGAUAAUUUAGCUUUAACUUAACCUUACAAAAUCAUUCAGUCUUUCCAAAAAUACUACAACUUCAGAAAUCAUAAAAAUUUCUUCGUUUAAUGAUUUAAAUGCUCAAAAUUAUUUUAUAUUAUCGAAUUGAAAACCGCAAGUUUAAGUGAAAAAACGUAGUUUCUCAAAUGUCAUUAUGUUUAAGAAUCAGGAUUAAUAUCAGGACUAUAAAAGCGUAAGAGAUUGUAGAAAGUAGCUCAGACAAAUGGGGUGGUUCAAACGGAGUAAAAUCGGCUCCGAUCCGCUGCGCGUAGGUCACUCGUGGAUUCACGCCCUGUAACAACGCUCGCGAAACGCUCGGCGGCGGCCGGCGCGUUGGCCGAUAAUGAAAUUAGAACCGUGGUAGGACAUAUCAUUCGACCUCCGACCCUCUUCUCCCGAUUCUUGCAAAGCGAUCCUUAAAAGCGAGCGCGUAGUGCGGCAACGACGCUCGGCCACGCACGUAGUAAACACGUGCGCGCGCGCGACGGAUCGAACGAGACGGGACGAAGACAAAACGCGAUACUGUGUAUAAAUAUCGCGAACUAAAUAUGUAUUAUUUACCAUAAGAGUAGUGACAAGUAAGUAGUCUAUUGAUCGACUCGGGGCCGUGCCGUCUUGCUCCUGAUGUAAGUCCGAAAUUUCUCUUCCCUUCGCCGAUUUAGAUCUUCUUCGCCGAUCAAAGUCGCAGAUCCGGUCAGUGCAUCACGGUCUCGCGUCGCGGCACCCGAAAUUUCGAGUUUCACGGGUGCGAAAGCGUAGAGGUGUGCGAAACUAGAUCAGCGAAGUUAUGGCUAAGUUCACCAAGCGACAAUGGCUCACGCUGAUUGUGAUAAGCAUCGCCGAUUUCGCAAAUGCCAUCUGCGUCUCCCUGCAAGCGCCGUUCUACCCUCAAGAGGCCGAGAAAAAAGGAGCAUCACCAUCGGAAUAUGGGCUAGUCUUCGGAAUUUUCGAGCUAGUGGUCUUUAUUAUUAGCCCAUUUUAUGGACAGAACCUCAAUCGAAUCGGUCCAAAGUUUUUGUUCAAUGGUGGUAUUCUGACCACGGGAACCUGCGCCAUAUUCUUCGGUUUAUUGGACAAAGUCGAUGGUCAUUAUCCCUUCAUUAUCCUAUCCUUCUUGAUCAGGAUUAUCGAGGCAAUGGGAAACGCUGCAUUUCUGACCGCAAGUUUCGCCAUUAUUGCGAAAGAGUUUCCCAACAAUGUUGCCACGACAUUCGCCAGUUUGGAAACUUUCUUCGGCUUGGGCCUUAUCGUAGGUCCCACAGUCGGAGGUGCACUUUAUCAGAUAGGUGGAUAUACCACACCAUUCGCGGUCCUUGGCUCAGCGUUAUUUGUGGCAGCCGUCAGCACCGCAUUUAUUCUACCCGUUCACGACAGUAGUGACAAUGAUACGCACAACGCCGGAGGAGUAAUGAAUGUCGUGAAAAUCCCUGGUGUGUUGGUCGCCUCCAUGUCGAUAAUCGCGACAAGCAUGAGCAUCGGGUUUUUGCAAGCAACACUGGAACCGCAUCUGAGGCAGUUCAGCUUAAGCCCAGUCGUGUUAGGAUUAAUGUUUGUCAUUAACGGCGGCACUUACGCGGCAACUGCUCCCGCAUGGGGAUGGCUUUGCGACAAUUACUGGCAUCCAAAGGUAGCGACCGUUGCCGGCUGCUUUCUCGUAAUGAUUGGGUUCUCGCUAGUCGGCCCAGCACCAUUCAUUCCGUCGCCCACUAUAAUCUGGAUGCCCAUCAGCGGUCUUGUGAUCCACGGUUUAGGCAUGGCUGCUCAACUGGUUGCAAGCUUUACGGAUGCCUUGCGGACAUCUGUUUCAUAUGGAUUUCCGAAUAAUCUCGAAACUUACGGUCUCAUCAGCGGAUUGUGGACAAGUACUUUCGCCCUUGGGGCUUUUAUCGGUCCCAGCAUCGCGGGAAUUUUGCUGGACAAUAUCGGUUUUAGAAAUGGCUCUAUGUUCAUCGUAUUACUUCACAUGCUAGUGGGCGUAAUAGCCGCAGUGUUUCUAAGCAGUUGCACUCGCGCACCCAAGCCAUACACCGACGUCGGCGUGGUCGAGGAUCUCAGGGCGCCGCUGGAGAAUGACCGAUUAAUCAGUGGCAGUUUGCAGCAGAACGGACGAGGCCAGGGUGUGCCGAUCGACAGGCCCGGUGGCAUGAAUUCGCUGAUUGUGUGUAACAGUUAUUCGAAUAGAGCCGGUGCGUGGUCCAGGGCUUCGUACAGCGGUCGCUAUUCCCACAGCUACGGCUCCAUAGAGAAUAAACGUUACCUGGAGCUCACCACUUGAUGACGAACAUUCAGCGACAUAUCCGGGAACGGCAACAAGGAUACCACGCAGAAUUCUGCGCUCUACUUAUCAUUAUUUACUCUCUGGCUCUCAUUGAGAUUAUUCUGUUUUUUUGAUACACCACUCUCUAAAUUUCCUAGAGUGAAACAUUACUCUAAAAGAGUGAAAAUCGAACAUAUCUAAGUUCGAGUGAUUUGUCACUCUAAUUAAAGUAAAGAUUCUUAUAGAGUGCAUUUUUACUCUAAUUAAAGUGACAAAUCACUCGAACUUAGAUAUGUUCAAUUUUCACUUUUUUUAGAGUAAUGUUUCACUCUAGGAAAUUUAGAGAUUAUUCGAGCGGAAACACAAGAGACUGUUUUUUAUUUAAAAAAGAAUAUCAAAAGUUAAUGUCUAAUAAGAGCGGAUCCAAUAAGCGCAUAAUUAUUCACUUUAUCAAUAAGUUAAUACGACAAUUACAAAUUUAGAUUUAACUUAAAAUUAAUAGUAGCCUCUAUAGUCAAAGAUGAAUGUCAACAUAUAUUUUUUAUAAAAUGUUUUGAACUCAUAAUAAUAUUAAUAAAAAGAUAUAAAGUGGCAUUGACAAUAGGAAAACUUUAAGCAUAUUUAUUAGCACAGUGUAAUUAGAAUUAAUGCUAAUUAAUUAUGUGUAUUACCGAAGGUAACGCAAUUUUUAUAUAACAUGUAUAAAUUCUUUGAUGCCAUUUAAUAGGAUACAACUGUGCUGAAUUAUGCUGAAUUAUUUAGCUAAAUUGUAGUGUGUAUGAUUAUCAUAAUAAUUAUAAUGAUAAGUAUGUGAAAAGUCUCGUCGAGAAUCAAUGGUUCAAUCCAUUAUACUGAAAUACGUGAGCUUCUUUCUUCCGCUAUAUCUUCGCGCUCUUAACCUUUUUAAUCUAAGUGAGUUUUAUAAUACGAAAAAAAUCAUAAAAAUACUUUUUACUAAUGUAGUACUCUCUAAUUAGAUCGUCAGACGAAUGUAGCGCGUAAUUAAGCGUAAGUGUAAUUUUUUAGAGUAAUACGUAAAUCGUGAUUUUUCCGUACGCACUCGGUGUCUUCCUAUCAAUAUCUAAGAUUUCGAAGACUGUACAUGUAAAAAGUUACAGCAUCCCGAGAUUGAAACAAUCUCGGAAGAUCGCAGGGAGUCGAAUGGGACAUACGCUGGUGCAUAUAACGCUUCAAGCAGUAUUCGCAGAGUGCAUUAUCGCCGAUCGCUUUAUCACGGUUUACUUAACGGACUCACGCUCCACUGUGCCCUGUUAAGCUCGAUUCGAUUUCGAUACUCCCGUUACUAUUACUAUUGCAAUAAUACAUACGCGCGCGCGCGCGCACACACACACACACACACACACACACACACUCGGGCAGAAGAAGGGUCCCAUUAUUCACGAAGUCUGCACGUUACAAAUAUCACCUGUGAGCAUUAUUGAAUUUCCUAGCGAUAUACUUGUUACAUUUUAUUCUUCGUUUAUACAACAUAGAUUUACAGUAUGGCUUACAAUAAAUAGCGUUAACAUCUUAUAAGAGGAAUAUCUUUAUGGCACCAACGCGAGCCACGACCAGUCCACGUAAUAGCUAAACGAAGACUCUUCGUUUUAUAUGAUAUUAACUUUGAUAGCGCAGAGUGUGACGUAAAUUUACCGCUACAAAAUUAACUGUUGUAAUGCAAACUGGCAUUGAACACUUCAUCGUACUUUACAGCAUCGAGCAAGUUUAGAAAACGCGGCUGUUAUUCAACUGAUGGAGCCCGAAUCUGAAAUUAUGCGAUUAUGCCGUUGCACAAACCAGUACUUGCAACGGCAUGAUCACAUAAUUCUAGGUUCGCGUGCCAACGGAAAAGGUAACGGACGUCGUGGGUGUCAAUGAUGUCGUCGAUAUCACGUGCAAAUGGCUUUCGUAACAAACUUGCUGAGUAAUUAUUGGCAAUCAUUGCUGCAACCGUUCGCGCGAGACAGAAUCUGGAAAACUAAAUAACGAAAUUGUACAUAUACUUUUUUUAAAUUAUAAUUAUCGCCAUUUUACCGCUGAAUGAUUGUCAUUUGUGCAUCAUAUCUGUGUGUAUGUGUGUGACAUUUUUUUAUUGUCUAAAAGGUAAGAUAAUAAAAUAAAGAGUUACAUGAAAGCAAAAUAGCAGAGGGUAAAUACGCGUACAUUAGCAAUUGUAACAUUAUGAGUCUGCAAUAAAAACGUUUUUAUUUAA